AUGUCUCCGGUCGAGGACAACAAACACCCUGUUUCUCAAGUUCGAGUUGUUCACCGCUAUCUCACCACUAACCUGUCUGCUGCGACACAAAACCGUGGACACACUAUUAUGGACGUUGUCUCGCUCCUGCGUAGGAAAGGGAUCAGUGCUUCGGUCUGGAAGUCCCUGUUCACUGUCACACUCGGUGGCCAAGCGAUCGUGUUGUUCAGUCUUUUCCGAUGCACCGCGAUCUUAUGUGAGUGCACUCGUAGUGGAUCACAAGUCAUGGCAAGGAUUAGCAGCGACACACGAGCUGCCGUUCUUGCAAAUUUCAUCGGCGUCCUGCUCCGUAAUGCUUUUGCCGCAUGUACUCCUGAGGAUAAUGACACCACGAUGGCCAGCACUCCCAUCCUGAAGGUGUGGCAACUCGCUGGUGCUGGAGCUGUGCUUCUGGGCUCAGAUCUCCGUCGUGGCGUUUUGGCAAUGCUCGAGAUUGUAAUAGCGGUGCAGAUACAUACUGAUCACUCGCGUGGCGCAUCUUCUUUGUGGUGCUUCCCGUAUCACUCAUCGUGGUUCACCCCGCUUGAAAUGCCUAUUGUUCUCCCUGUGGUCGUAAUUGGAUUUGGGCUUGGAUUUGGGCUUGGGGUUGGUUGGGCAUGGAGGAUAUCGCACCUUGGAAUGCGUGGUUACAAUCAGAGCGCAUACACAUUUGUUGUUGCUCAUCCUCCAUAUAACAUGGGCGAUGCCGGGUGA